UACUUACCAAAACUAUACUCAAGACCAAACUGGAAACACAAAAGAAGAAUGCUGAACCACACCACAAUAGCGCCAGAGAAAUACGAAAGACCACACCACAAGACUGCCGAAGAAGAUAUGAGAGCGAGAGAAUAUAUACCUGCACCUGA